CGUGAUUAUUAGUCUGAUCCCCCUCAGUAGUUUGGACUCGUGUUUUGUGCACACCCACGGUACCGGAGUAAAAGAGGUCCAGUGUUUUAAUUGUAGAAACGGUUCAAUGUGACUGUCGUUGAUUUGCCUUUGCCUUUGACAAUGCAUCUGGCUUUCGGCUGGGUCACUCAUACAAUCUUCACGUUAUGUUGGGCAACUGGCAAGUGUGAAUACACCCUUUGUCACUAAGUCGAACCUCUUCCUGGUUUCUCUUUCUCAUUUCGAGAGAUUUGCUUUUCAUUCUCAUGGAUGAUGUGUCAGCCAUCACACGGGUCCAGGACGACUUCCGCAGUGUGACCAUGGCCAGAAACGAGGAGAUCCCUCUCAAUCAACCCGAAGAUCCGAGUCUCCAACGGUGCAAGAGCUUAAAUCGCUACGAUCACUUGUACAAGCUUCUGGUUUUAGGCGACACCGGAGUUGGGAAGACGUCUUUCAUCGACCGCUUCACCGAGGGCAAAUUUAGUGACGACGAAGGCUAUCUACCCACCAUAGUGAUCAAUUUUAAGAUGAGAAUCCUCCACAUCAAGGAGAAGGACAAGAAGAUCAAGCUGCAAAUUUGGGAUACUUCAGCCAAGGAACAGCACGCAGGUUUGGUGGAGAAUUUCCUGAAAGGAUCUCGAGGGUUCAUUUUCUGCUACGACGUCACCAACCGAGAGAGUUUUCUGCACUUGACCAAAUGGUUCAAAUUCGCCAAAGACAAGCUAUCAGAGUACGAUUCCGCACUCAAGAUGAUCUGCGCCUGUAAAUGUGAUCGGAAUCAAAAUCGCCAAGUAACUCGUGAAGAGGCUCACAUAUUUGCAAUAAGUCAUAGUGCCAGAUACUGGGAGACCUCAGCCAAGUCUGCUCAGAACGUGGAAGCAUCUUUCACCACGUUGGCCAAUUCCAUCCUGGCCGAGGAUGAGGGGUGGGAGCAAGAGCCCCGAAUUCGAAACUCCACCACCACGCCCCUAAAUCGGGCCAGUCUGAUUGUUAGAGGCAUGGGGAAGCGAGUCUCAGCUCCGAAGAGAAGUGCCACCACACUCAGAAGAUCCUUCCGAUUCUCUCUUCGGGGUAAGAACUGCAGAAAAUCCGGUGAGCCAGACGAGGACCCGCCCCAGUACAGACGACAUUCGUCUCCAUCCAAAGACCUGAGCUUGGAUAACGAAUCUCAAGGCCGGAAGAUCACGUGCUUGGGCAAGCAAUUCCGAAUGCCCAAGAAGAAGGCCAAAUGUGUGAUUUCUUGAAUGCACUUCUGACAUGGCUGAAUUUGUCAUUAGUCAGUUUACAGCUUUAUAAAGCAACCUCUCCAGAUGGAGUGAUGACCUGAA